AUGCCCUACGUCCCAGACACCAUCUUGAACCUUUACGCAAAGGUCCAGGACCUCCUCGAUAGGUCAAAGAGAUCAUGGCUUGCAGCGUGCGAGGCAUGGAAUGAGGAGCCGCCAUCCAGGAUUGCGACACCUGCGGCUACUACGGAGGUACUGGUACGCAAGAAAAGGGCCACAAGGGGAAAAAAGAAGGAGCCCAAGAUUAGCAGCUCGUGCCAUCAGCUUGGGCCGUUGACCGGUAUUUUUGUCAAACCUGCUGCGGUGGCUUUGACGAGAGCUCAAAGUGUCGCUGGCGUGUCCAGCGAUGGCUCUCGGUUGAUUAUCUGGGCUGAUGCUUCGAGAAAAAAGGAUUCUACAGGCUUUGCCGUGGCAUUUCUAACUGGCUCUAACUGGGUGCGCGUCACCGCAAAAGGACACGCCGCUCCUACGGAAGUUGCAGAACUUGAGGCUAUUUGUCUUGCGCUGGAUUAUGCGGUGCAAGUCACCAAAAUACAGAAGGGAAGCCUCGAUACUUUACGAUCUGUCGAAGUUUUCACCGACAGUCAAUCCGCCUUGGGUCUCCUAAGGGUGACGAACAGACCCAUGGUUACCCCUGGACCUCAUGGCAAUGCACAGGGCGGCAAUCCUCGCACGAAAAGGGGGGUCAGAAAACGAACAAUAGAGAAAGUCUGCGUCAUGAUAGAUGAACUUCAAGAAGCUGGAGUGAUGGUCGAACUGCACUGGGUCCCACGGGGCAAAGUCACAGGCAAUGUCAUUGCUGAUAAAGGGGCAGCGAUAGCAAGAAUGGGAUUGACAUCUUAUCACACCUCCACUGACGUUCUCGUCGAGUUUCUGCCUGUAGAUGAACAGCAACUCGACAGUGAACAUGGGAUGAUUGUACCUUUCAAGCGAACGUCGGUUCCGCGUACACGAUUGGCACAUCAAGUUUCUGAAAUCCUCAGUUCAAACAAGGCCACCGACAUUGGCAAAAAGGAGCCAGAACAGGCAUCUGAUUUGCAGCAGGCCCAACAAGAACUAAAUCAUGACAAUUGACAUCUGAGCUGGCAAAACAGUUGAUCGAGAUACGCUUGUGCAUAAUCAACAAAUGGGGACAUGCUAUUCUAAUACUCUAAUCAUUUUCCAGGUUUAUUAUGUGCUCAGUUUUUGGAGCCCAGCAACGUUAAUCGCCCUAGCGGAUUUCCACCAUCCCGCGUCAAAGUCUUGAUGCAUCCGGCUUGUAUGCAGGAUAGCUACAUGCCGUGUUCAUCCGGCGUGUAGAAGAGCGAACGAUCAUACUUCGUCAGCGGCCAGCCAUUUUGAAUUCGGGCUGGUAGAUCGGGGUUUGCUGUUGCUAGUUCAGUACAUCAUAUUGGGAAAUUUUGAUCACAUGACUUACGAAUAAAGAAACGUCC